AGCACCCUUAAUACAAAAUCGUUUGGUAUAUAAACAAUAUAAACAUAAGAGGGGUGAGAGAAUAAGAGAGAUAAACGAAAUAAGAUGGAAGGGCACACUGAAACAGACUCAACCAUGCCACCACUCUCUCAAAUCCCACCUUCUUCUUCUUCUCUGCUCGGUCCUUCAAUAACCAAUGGUGAAAACCCCAGAAAGCGUGUUAGAAGAUUGGAUGACACCAAUUGCGAGAGCCUCAACAUGGAACGUGAAAGAAGGUCCAAGAUGACUCACAUGUUCACUCAGCUUCGAACCACUAUCCCCGGUGUCUUUCCUCAGGCAACAAGGGAGGUGAUUAUAAACGAGACGAUUCGGUACAUUAAGGAGCUUGAGAAGAAGAAGGAAAGGUUGGAGGAGUUGAAGGAGUCGAUGAAAUUGAAAGGGGUACAAGGGUUGAGGAUUGCAUGCGGUAAUAAUAAUAAUAAUAACAACAGGAAUUGCUCCAUCACGGUUACUGUGUCUGCCAAUGUUGUAUUCUUUGGCAUUCAAUCCUUGGCUCGACCCGGUUUGAUAACGGUAAUUUUGAAGGUGUUUUACAAGUACCAAACUGAGGUUUUGGCUGCCAAUGUAUCCGUUGAUGAUGGGAAUUUGAUAUUGGCGAUCACGGCGUUGGUGCAAAAUGGUGGUGAUGGAAACGAUGUCGUUGAGAAUAUUAAAAGAGAAAUUAUGAGUUUGUAGGUUCAACUUGUUAGGAUAUUAAUUACAUGGUGUUUGAUUUUGGUACCAUGUGUGUGUUUGGUUGCACACAGGGAGAUACAAUACAACCCAAUAUACAGAGCAAAGACCAUUUAAGUUGCUUUUGUCCUAAGAAAGGCGCUUCAAUUAAUGUCCAAAAUCCAUAUUAUGGGAUGGACUCCACAGACAUAAUACGCCUAUCUCUUUUUUAUUUUUGCUGCUAAUAAUACCCAGUAAUCGUAUUACAACUUUGUAACCCAAGAUGAAGCCAUUACUGUUCAACUUUUGUUUUCCAACAGAAACAUAUUCAAUAGUUUCGCUGUUUCAGGGCGACCUUUUUU